GAGGGACCCUUCCAACCAACAGGAGAUGGCAGAGCGAGAGAUCGAGAGCAGAGGGCGGGCUCCCGGAGUGAUGAGGACGGGCUCUCCCAGGUGGCCGGAAGGAAAAGCGGUAGCGUUUGAGGGGAGACCGGAGUGGGGGUGACAGUUGGGCAAGCUGAGGUGGCAGACUCUACAUAAAUACCUCUCAAAUCAGGCUGACUGGAAGCUGCCUUCAACAAUUGCUUGUUCACAUAACCAGAGGGCUUCUGAUACUAGAUGCUAUUGUGACUCAAAUCCUGUCAAGAGCUUACUAAAGGCCAAAGGAAGGUUGGAGGAUUGGUACUAGAGAUCUGAGUGAAGAGGCUGUUUAUCAGCUUGCAAAGCACAGAGAGGAAGAAUUAUCUGCAAGACUUGAAAGGAUGUCUUCUGGUGCUUUAUUUCCAAGCCUGGUGCCAGGCUCCCGGGGCUCAUCUAGCAAAUACUUGGUAGAGUUCCGUGCAGGAAAGAUGUCUUUGAAAGGCAGCACCGUUACACCAGACAAGAGGAAAGGUCUUGUAUAUAUCCAGCAAACGGAUGAUUCCCUCAUUCACUUCUGUUGGAAAGACAGGACUUCCGGGAAUGUGGAGGAUGAUUUGAUUAUUUUUCCUGAUGACUGUGAAUUUAAGAGGGUGCCUCAGUGUACUACAGGCCGUGUGUAUGUGUUGAAAUUCAAGGCUGGAUCCAAGCGACUCUUCUUCUGGAUGCAGGAGCCCAAGACUGAAAAAGACGAGGAACACUGCCGUAAGGUGAACGAAUAUCUGAACAAUCCACCAAUGCCUGGAGCUCUGGGUGGCAGUGGAAGUGGAGGCCAUGAGCUGUCUGCCCUUGGAGGUGAGGGUGGCUUGCAAAGUCUUCUGGGAAACAUGAGCCAUAACCAGCUCAUGCAGCUGAUUGGACCAACAGGCUUAGGAGGACUUGGUGGGCUUGGUGCUCUGACGGGUCCUGGUCUGGCGAGUCUGUUGGGAAGUGGGGCCCCCCCAACUAGCAGCUCUUCUUCAAGCUCUCGCAGCCAAUCAGCAGCUGUGACACCAUCUUCCAGUACUUCCUCCACACGAGUAACUCCAGCUCCUACAGCUCCGGCAGCUGCCUCUGCCACCAGUCCCAGCCCUGCUCCAAGUUCUGGAAAUGGAACCAGCACAGCAACAAGCCCUACUCAACCCAUCCAGCUGAGUGACCUCCAGACUAUCUUGGCGACGAUGAACGUUCCAGCUGGAGCAGGAGGACAGCAAGUUGACCUGUCCAGCGUUCUGACGCCUGAAAUAAUGGCACCCAUUCUGGCAAAUACAGAGGUUCAAGAGCGCUUACUGCCUUACCUUCCUUCAGGGGAAUCUCUGCCACAGACGGCAGAGGAGAUCCAGAACACUCUGACUUCUCCACAGUUCCAGCAGGCACUGAGCAUGUUCAGCGCUGCUUUGGCUUCUGGGCAGUUGGGACCUCUAAUGAGCCAAUUUGGCUUACCAGCGGAGGCAGUAGAUGCAGCAAACAAAGGCGAUGUAGAGGCCUUUGCAAAAGCAAUGCAGAACAAUGUCAAAUCCGAUCAAAAGGAAGAAGACUCAAAAGACAAGAAGGAUGAGGAAGAAGACAUGAGUUUAGAUUAAGUUUCUUUAACUGUGUCUUAUGGGUACUCCUAGAUAUUAAGAUACGUAGGAUAACUAGCUAAUUUCAUGUAUUGAAUCUACAAGUAAAGGAUCUCUCUGCCAAAUUCCUUCUGGGUAUACUGGGUCUUUUCCCCACUUGCUGCAGUGUCAAACAGAAGUUGGUCUUUAUGGCCUUAAAUUGUCCUAGGAGGCAAUUUGAUUUACGUAAUUAAAUUUGAAGUCUUGCAUCCAAUCCAGUUGCAGCUCUACACUUAGGUCUUUUCAUAACAUGCAUCACCUUGGCAACAUAGUUCUUAAUUUUUAUAGUUAGUUUGUUGUACAGCCCAUAGCUAAGAGCCACUGUAAAGGUCUCCAAGGGCUUGAGUGUACCCAGCAGAGUGUUUGCCCUCUUAAAUCUUACCUGUGUGAGGAAUUGCUUGGAUCUAAUAGUCUUAUUGUGAGACGUACCUUUUGUCCCCAAGAGGCUGUAUGCUGUUUCUACUAACCCCCCCUCCCCCGUGCUACAUUAAACAUUUAAGGUAGUCCUGACCCUCACAGAUGUCUGUGUGGAGGACAUGGGACAACAGGAGCCAGAAAAAAACCCUUUUGUGAGUUCUUGAGGUCUGAGGCCGUAGGUCCCAAAACCACUAGUUCAGGAAUGUGCAACCUCAUGCAGGGGGCAAGAGGGGGAAACAGAGAGUGAACUCAUUCAUCUUUUGGCUUUGGCCCUGCCCAUUGCUGGCAUGUAGCAUCUGGCUUCUUAUUAGUCCCUAGGGAACGGCCCACAAUAGAAACAUUGUUCCUCUCCCCUGUUCAAAAGUGGUUUUGCCUGCCAUCCUAACCUUGCUUCCCUAAUCUCUCCUGUGUAUCAAUCCUAGAUGUCGCUUAGCAAUCCUUGCAUGUUGAAAUGGACCAGAAGAUUUCCCCUUCCAUAAAAUCCUAACUUACCCACGCACAGCAUGAUGCUAGACCUUAGCAGGCAUUUGAUAGGCAUGCCUAUUUUUGUGAGACUAUUACCUAUUUCUGGAUUGGCAAAUUCAUAAAAUUACAAUGGUGGAAUUUGGGUAACUUUUGGAAUGUGGCAUAUUUGAGCAAUAUAAAGCAGCUGAGCAUGUGGCAGGCAUUUAGAUACCAAAGCUUAUUUCUGGGGGGGGGGGACUGUCCUUGAGCUUGAAAUCAUCUUGCAAAGAUGAGUUGACUGUUAUAUUCUCAUGGGUUUAGAGGGCUGCUAUGGAGUCCAGGCAUAGUAUCCUAACAAAUUCAAUAACUACUCCAUAAAAUAAGUAUAGAUCAUAAAAUUUUAUUUGAAUUAAAAGUAUGUACCAGUGAUUUACAGAUAUCCCUUAAUAGUACACCUUAAAACAGAUAAUUACAUUUGUUGAAGGAGAAACCAAGACUUGUUAAAACAAAUUUUUACAAUAUGUACCCCAGCAUUAAAACAACCAAUAUAUUGAUAAGUUAUAAAGUCCUUUUCAAAACCA